CCCCAGUUUCUGUGGGACACCCUCCUCCCGCCCUGCGCUCUCGGACUAGAGUCGCUAACUUCCUGCGUGGCAGAGCAGGUGUUCCCAGAUCCAUGAGCUCUCUAGGGGAUCAGGUACGGGACUGGCAUCAGGGCGUACUGGCGGUGGCACGAGAAGACUGGGACCGUGCGCUAUGCCUCUUCUCAGACGUUCGGGAGCCGUCGGCCAAGAUCUACUUCAACAUGGGCUGCGUGCAUCUGAUGGCCGGGAAUCUCGAGGCUGCAUUGCAGGCAUUUGACCAAGCGGUGACCAAGGACACCUGCAUGGCUGUCGGCUUCUUCCAGCGGGGAGUGGCCAAUUUCCAGCUGGAGAGGUCCCAGGAGGCUGUGUCUGACUUCCAGCUGGCCCUGGCACAGCUGAGGGGCAAUGCUGCCAUUGACUACACCCAACUGGGUCUGCACUUCAAACUGCAAGCCUGGGAGGUCCUAUACAACAUGGCGUCAGCACAGUGCCAGGCAGGGCUCUGGACCAAGGCUGCCAAUACUCUAGUGGAGGCGAUCUCCAAGUGGCCAGAGGAAGCCCGAGAUCCCCUGGACACUGCCCUGGACCAAGUGCAGAAACAGGUACCCCUGCAGCUGCUGCAAGUCCCCAAGGGUGAGGUCUUCCAGCCUCCCAGGCAAUACCUACAGCAUCUGGAGCCCGUGGAUUUCCUCGGCAAGGCUAAGGUGGUGGCCUCUGUCAUCCCUGACAACACCUCAGACGGCUGGCCUCAGCAGAGGUCCCACGUGGCGCAAACUGGCCAUCAGUCUCCUCCAUCCGUGGAUACGAGGAUCCUGAGCAAUAGUGGUGGUCACAUGAGCCGUGGUCCAUGCUACAGUUUGCUGGCAUCUGGAGGGCCUGACCCAGGCCCCUCUAAAGACUCCUCAGGAGCUGGGGGGGCAGCUGCAAAAGACCCUGCAUCCUUGGUGACGGUCACUGUGCAGUGCCACUUUACUGUGCCCCUGGAGGCCCCAAGAGGCGCAGACCUGUCCAGUCUCAGGACACUGCUGGCUCAAGCCCUCCUUCACCAGGCCCAGAUGGGGCAGCUCAGUUACCAAGCCCCAGGAGAGGAGAAGUUCUGGAUCCCCAUCCCCACGGAGGAAUCACUGCAGAGCGUGUGGAAGAAUGUGGCCAGGGGCCCAAAUGGGUUGCGGCUCCAGUGUCGGGGAGCCUGGGGCCGACCGGUGCUCUACCAGGUGGUCGCUCAGCACGAUUACUCAGCCCAAAGGCCUGAGGAUUUGGACUUUCACCAGGGGGACACAGUGGAUGUUCUGUGUGAAGUGGACGAAGCUUGGCUGGAGGGUCACCGAGACGGCUGCAUUGGCAUUUUCCCCAAGUGCUUUGUGGUGCCAGCUGGUGCCUGUGUGAAAGCCCCACCAGCUCGGAAACCCAAGCCAGAAGACCAGCGCUAGCAAUAAAUGUUGUGACAAG